AUGAACGAAGAACUGGACAACUCACUUCAACUGGAACAAUUCACACAGGUGAAAUCUCUCCUCAACAGACUUUUGCAAUCGCUUGAUGAUGAAAACCACGAAAAAGCCAAAAUAGACUCUAAUAUUGCGAAAUUGUGCAAGCAAGAGAAGAUAGAUCCUGAUACAAUGCUACAGGCGAAAGCAGAUGGCGUGGAAGGUGAACUAGAGCAUGGAAAUGGUAAACUAGAGCGUGUGAGUGAUAAAGUGGAAUAUAAUAAUGAUAUAUCAGAGUCUAAGCAUGGUGAAUUACCACUUGGCAAUGAUGCAAUAGAACGUGGAAACAGUCUUCGAUGCCAAAGAGACCUUUUAUUGAGCAGGUUGCAACGUGAGAAAUAUCUCAGUAAGCAAUACGAGGAUUUGCUCAAGCGACAUGAGAAGCUCAUGAGGAUAAUAAACAACAAUCUUAACAACAGAAUGAAGUUGGAACAAGGAGCAAAUGCGUCGUAUAACGCAGAGGCGGAACGACAGCUGAGGAAUUACACUGAGAGUAUUAAGAGAAUGCGGCAGGUGUGUUGUGAUUAUAAUGAUGAGUACGCAGGUGCCAGAGGGCGUCUUUGUGCAACUACAAAGGAGUUUAAUAAAGCGCUUAAUGAGUAG